CGGGCGGGGUCGGAAGUGGCGUCGCAUUCCGGUAGGCGGGGCUGAGCGGCGGGGCCGCGAGCAGGGAGGAGGCAGAGCAGCGCAGGCAGCGGGAGCCCGGCGGGAGGCCGGGGUGCGGCCGCCGCCAUGAAGAAGCAAUUCAACCGCAUGAAGCAGCUGGCCAACCAGACCGUCGGCAGGGCUGAGAAAACAGAGGUGCUUAGUGAAGACCUGCUGCAGAUCGAGAGACGUCUUGACACUGUGAGAUCUGUUUUCCACAUCGCACAGAAGCGGUUAAUUGCGUGUUCUCAGGGCCAGUAUGGUACAGACCCUGAUAAGAGACAUAAAAAGCUUCCUCUAACAGCUCUUGCUCAAAAUAUGCAAGAGGGAUCUGCCCAGCUAAGUGAUGAAACGCUGUUGGGGAAAAUGCUUGAUACGUGUGGUGAUGCAGAGAAUAAAUUGGCAUUGGAGCUCUCCCAUCAUGAAGUACAGAUUGAAAAGGACAUUCUAGAACCACUGAGCACGCUAACUGAGGUAGAGAUUCCCAACAUUCAGAAGCAGAGGAAACAGCUUGCGAAACUGGUUUUGGACUGGGAUUCUGCUAGGGGAAGGUAUAACCAAGCCCACAAGACUUCAGGAACAAAUUUUCAAAUGCAUCCUUCAAAAAUAGAUUCCCUUAAGGAAGAAAUGGAUGAAGCUGGAAAUAAAGUAGAGCAAUGCAAGGAUCAACUAGCAGCAGAUAUGUAUAACUUUGUGUCCAAAGAAGGAGAAUAUGCUAAGUUUUUUGUUAUGUUAUUAGAAGCACAAGCAGAUUACCAUAGAAAAGCAUUAACAGUCAUAGAAAAGGUCCUACCCGAAAUUCAAGCCCAUCAAGACAAAUGGACUGAAAAACCAGCCUUUGGAACACCAUUGGAAGAGCAUCUCAAGCGCAGUGGUCGUGAAAUUGCAAUCCCUAUUGAAGCCUGUGUAAUGAUGCUUCUGGAGACAGGGAUGAAGGAGGAGGGCUUAUUCAGAAUUGCUGCUGGAGCCUCCAAGUUAAAAAAGCUCAAAGCUGCCUUAGACUGUUCAACUUCACAACUCGAUGAAUUUUAUUCUGAUCCCCAUGCUGUUGCAGGUGCCUUGAAGUCCUACUUGCGAGAAUUGCCAGAGCCUUUAAUGACCUACAGUCUUUAUGAAGAGUGGACACAAGCUGCAAAUAUUCAGGACCAGGAUAAGAAGCUACAAGAGUUAUGGAGGAUUUGUAACAAAUUACCUAAGCAUUUUCAUGCUAAUUUCAGGUAUUUAAUCAAAUUUUUAGCAAAGCUUGCACAGAACAGUGAUGUCAACAAAAUGACACCCAGCAAUGUCGCAAUAGUCCUGGGCCCCAACUUGUUAUGGGCAAAAACUGAAGGAUCCCUUGCUGAAAUGGCGGCAGCAACUUCAGUCCACGUGGUAGCAAUUAUUGAGCCAAUUAUUCAGCAUGCAGACUGGUUCUUCCCUGGAGAUCAAGACUUCAAUGUGUCUGGGGCAUUUGUUGCAGUUCCUGCUGUUAAUUCAAAUCAUUUGUCACACACUGGGAAUGAAUAUGAUUCUGGGACACUGGAACGGAAGAGGCCUGUUAGUAUGGCAGUAAUGGAGGGGGAUUUAUUGAAGAAGGAAAGCUUUGGUGUCAAGGUUAUGGACUUCCAAGCAAACCCUCGGAGAUGUGGCACUAUAAAUAGAAAGCACACAUCCCCAGCUUUCCAGCCACCACUUCCACCCACAGAGGCUGGCAUGUUGGCUCAUUCUGGAGCAGAGCAGCACUCACAAGCUGCUGUGGCUGAAACAAGCCCAGUGGGUGCUGGUUUUGCCCUAUCUGCUGGCACAGCAGAACAGUUACAAAGCCAAGGAAAUGAGGAUGUCAGUACCUCAAAACCUAAGGACAACGCAUCUUCAUCUACUCCUCCACCCGUGAGAAACGGUGGGCAAGUAAAUGCUGCCCCAAACCAGUCAGCAAGUAGCAGUAAUCAGCUUUCUGUUAAUCAGCCACAGAAUGCAGCAGGUCCCAGUCCCCAUUCAGUGAGGAGAGCUGUUAAAAAGCCUGCGCCAGCACCUCCCAAGCCAGCUAACCCCCCUCCAGGGCAGCCAGGAAGCCAAAGCUCUGCUCCAGCUGCUCAGCCACCUUCAAUCUCUCCAAAGCCACUUGCCAGAAGCUCUUCUCCUCCUGCCCAACAUGCAAACCAGGGAGCAGCCCUGACCUCCAGUUCCCAGGUUUCUGCACCUCGGCGAUACUCCAGCAGCCUGUCCCCAAUCCAAGCUCCCAGCCACCCACCACCACAGCCCCCAACGCAGGCUACUCCUCCACUGCAGCCCAAAGCAAACAAUCAAGCAUCUCCUGCUGCACCCAGCAGUGAACAUGGACCAGAGCAGCCCUGUUACACUCCUCCGCAGACUCCAACACCACCUGAUACACCCCCUCUAGGCAAGCACAGUACUAGUUCCCCGCUGUCACAGCCGCAGUCAUCUGCUCAAGACACUUCACAGUCUCACUCUCCACCUCACAGUGGCACGCUGCCAAGGCCGCGGCCUGUGCCCAAGCCCAGAAACAGACCCAGUGUUCCCCCUCCUCCUCAUCCUCCUUCUCAGCUGGCUGGAGACGGUAUUAUUGCAAAUCCCACGCAAACAGCUUCCAAAAUAGUAACAGGUGGGGAUGGUUACUGCGAAUAAGGUUUGUACUUACUGGAAACAUGCAAUAUAAGCUAAAAUGCUCCUGCACAGCAGUAUUUUAUUUGUAGCUUUAUUUUGUAUAUGCGCUUUGGAAUACGUGCUCUGUCAACUCUGUAUGUUCUCAUGUCAUUCUGUUUGUAAGACAUAUUAGGACCUGUGCUUAAUUUCGAUAGUGCUGUGAAUAUUAAUUCAUACUUUAGAACAAAUGGUAAAAAUAACUGUAGUGAAUAACACUUCCCACAAUCACCUGGUGUGAAGCAAUGACCAAUUUAAAAUAGAUUUCUUCUCAUCAAUGCAGGCAAAUGUUGCAGCUUAUAGUUUUUCCUCCAGUUCAGCCUUUUCUGGUUGCACUUCAGUGUAGCUUUCAUUCUAGGUUUUCAGUUGUUUUUACUUGCACCUUAUUUGGCAAAAUACUCAGUUGUGUCACUAAACUCCUUUGCAGAUGCAGCAUCUGCAUUCUGGCGUAUUUGCAUUCUGUCAGCCCCAGCCUUGCUAAUAGUCUGUUCAAUCACAGCUGCCAAACAGCACAUUAAUAAUCUCACUUGAUACAUAGCAGCUCAGAAAUAUGCUACCUUUCUAAGGUAACAACUGCAUGACAGGCUGGAAAAGUUGAGGUUGCAUUCCAGAAUUAUCUCAAGAUCAGGAGUAUAGUUUUGUGUACAAGGAACUAGCAAUAAAUGAGCAGCUAAGCAACUAAAAGGUAGCUUUGUGUUUUAAAAUAAGAUAUCUCCUGAUUGUACUCCUGCUCUUUUUAUCAACAUCUUUAAAAUACAAAGGCAAUUCACUUCAAAACUGAAUUCGGCCUUAAGUCUGUAGGCUCUGCAUCUUUACAGCACUUGUACAGAAGUUGAGAAUGGGAACAAUGCUGAUGAGUCAAACUCCAAGUAAAGACAAUUUUCCUGAUUCUGGGGAAGUUGCUUUAGUGCAAGCAGUUAAGCAGAAUUUGUUUUACUUCAGUGUAACUGGAGAAAUGCUUGCCUUGUAAGUAAUAACCAGCUGGAGUGCAGGGGGCUGCUUCAUUAGUGGGGGAGUUUAAGUUACACGGAGCAUCUGCCAUGCGAUAGUGGUUGUGUGAAUUACCACAGCUGUCAUGUUGUUUGGAUACAAUUGAAGAAACUACCAAACAAAAACACUAUCAUUAAGAUCUGUUUAUCAACCUGAAAACGUUAGAAAAGAAUUAAUAGAUAUCAGUCUUGCCAAGUGCAAACCUUAGCAGGUCGGCUGGGUAAAUGGUGUAUGGUAAACAACAGCAGGCAAGCUACCACACAGAAAAGUCUGUCAAGGAAAGCUGAUGAUGAAGGAUUCUUUAGCAGAGCUGGUAAAGGAAUCUAGAGAACCUAGUGUGUUUUGAAAACAAACCGAGAAGUGGGAGCACUUAAAGUGACAGCUGGGCUUGUCUAACGCAGUACGCUCAGUGCAGGAUCAUCCAGCUUUUCCAGAUCAGUCCUUUUUAUUUUGCUUUAGAGAAUAUUUGUUCUGAAUUAACACCACUGCAUAUUACAUAAGAGUAUCUGCUCUAACAUUUACACACGCACAUGUAGUACUUAUAUUUAAGCACUGGCUGGUACUGUAAACUAGCUUAUCUGAUUCACAGUGUGAAAUAACUACUUUAACUUUAAAUAAUGGAGCAAGGGAAACCAGGAACAAUAGAAAUGAAAAUUGAGGUGCCAGCAGACUUUAUAAUAUCAGCAUGAGAAUUCUGAAUUGUUUUCAGGAUAAUAUUGAAUUUCUUUGUCCAUAUUCUGGACAGUAAUGCCUCAAAUUCUAUUUGCAGUAUUAAAGUUAUAAGCCCUAGAAAAGAAUAUUCUAAUCAAAAAUUUUAUUAAAUAAUCUAGAUGUUUGACCUGCUUUCAGUAUGAACUGUAUUGGAAAGUUCAAUGGUAAGGAAAAGGCAUAUGAUUGGCCAAAAAUGUCUCUAAUUUGUAAUCAUGUGUGUGCUAAUGCCCACUACUAACCUGUCACAAAUAACACUGCUUGCUUGCAUUAUCAUUAGUGUGGCAUGCAAAAAGCAUGGCUGUUUAUGCUUGCUUUUACAUUAACGUACUAAAAGCAUUGAAGACUAGAAUGUGUAAAAUUCCUGUUUUGACUGGCCAGUUUCACAUUUUACUUCUUCAGCUUACUGAAAAUCACAGUUUGAAAUCCGUGUAUCUUAUAUAGAGGUUCAUUUUGUGUCCAGCUUAGCUGUGUUGUUAAUCACAAAUACUCCCUUCCUGUGUCAUCUCACACUGUUACCUCUUUUUUGAGAAGAUCUCAUCCCUCGAUAUGCAGUAGCAGCAGAAUUGCAUCUUUUGAAUCAUAUUGUGAAUGAAAACUUGGCAGUAGUGACAGAUAGUGGGGAGAAUGUAGUGUCUCUGCUGCUUGAGAUCAGUGCCACCUUCUCCAUGGUUGGGCAUAGCAUGGGGGGAAUUGAGCAAGAGAAUAUGUAGGAAUUUGGGACACGGCUACAGUUUUUUGUAUGUAAUGGUGCUUCUGAUGACAGUAGUAAAAUGUAAAAAAGUAAACUAAAACAUCUGACCUUUAAACAAUUUUAAUUUUAACUCAACUGGUGUAAAAGUACUUAAAUUUUCAUGUUAAACACGUGGAUGGUGAGAUGAAUUGAACAGGGGCUUGGUUUGAAAGUAGCACAGACAUUAUUUUCUUCGUUGCUCUAAGGUCUGCUGAGCAGUAACUUUGCACUGGUUUUCAGAGUGGGGAGAGUGUCAUGUUGUGCACUACAGGCAGUUGGUGUCAGGCAACAACGUGUUGGAGUUGCAGCUGUCAUGUUAGCAGUGCCACCACAAAGCUUCUUCAUGUGAGAGUGCCUGCCCGUGAGCCUGGGAAAGGAGCAGGAGGCGCUGCCUUGGGCAUCACUUCUGUAUCUGCUUGGGCCUCUUCCGUGCUGUUUAGCUCAGAAGUUUUUAACUUGAACGCUUGCAGUGUAACUUCUGGGCUAAAUUUAAGACUUAAUGAUAGGAUUCAAAGUCUUCAAAAGAUUCCUGUCUUUGCCACCUGACUUUAAAAGCAAGGUUCUUAGCUAGAUUUAUCGAUCUAAACAAUUUUCUGUUUGGAUUGUUGCAGUAAGUAGUGCCAUGGCUUACUAUUCUACGAAGCUGACUUACAAUGACAACAUAUUCAUUCACAUCUUUUAAACUGUUCUGG